AUGGCAGGCGUUCCGCUGCUGGUAACGCCUCUAAGGUUGAAUUUGAAUAGUUUUUCCGGGCGGAGUUCGACCAAGGGAUUGGACGGUUUGGUCGCCCGAUGUGGCGGCCGCGGCCGUGGCGGCUGCGAUGGCGUCAGCAAAAUAGUAGAUAAAACUAAGCAACUUAGUUUACUAGAAAAGUAUGGUACAAAUUUGACGGAGCUAGCGAAAGAAGGGAAACUGAAGCGCGUAAUUGGAAGAAGGGUUGAAGUUGAACUUGUUAUUCGAACAUUGUGUAGAAAAUCCAAAAAUAAUAUCCCUGUUCUCAUUGGAGAAGAUGGAGUUGGGAAAACAGCAAUUGUUGAGUGUUUUUCUCAACGGAUUGCAAAUGGUGAUGUUCCUGAGACACUCCGAGGGAAGGAGGUCAUAAAACUGGACAUGCGACUCCUCCUUGCUGAAGAAAAUCGUGAAGAAAGGCUGAAGAAAUUGAUGGAGGAGAUUAAACAAAGUGGUGAUACCAUACUUUUUAUUGAUGAUGUCCAAAAAGUUUUUGGAGUGUCAGAGGCGUUAGAGGAGGACGAGGAGUCAGAGGAUUCAGAGGAGGACGAGGAGUCAGAGGAUUCAGAGGAGGAGGAGUCAGAGGAGUCAGAGGACGAGGACGAGGAAUCCGAUGAGGACGAGGAUGAGGGGUCAGACGAGGAGGACGAGGACGAGGAUGAGGAUGAGGAAUCCAACGAGGACGAGGAUGAGGGGUCAGACGAGGAGGACGAGGAUGAGGAAUCCGACGAGUACGAGGAUGAGGGGUCAGACGAGGAGGACGAGGACAAGGAUGAGGAGUCGGAAGAGGAGGACGAUGAGGAGGACGAGGAUGAGGUAUCGGAGGAGGACGAGGACAAGGAUGAGGAGUCGGAAGAGGAGGACGAUGAUGACGUGGAGGACGACAAUGAGGAAGGUGGUGGUGGUGGUGGCAUUUUAAAAUCUGCUCUAUCUCGUGGGGAGCUACAGUGUAUUGGGGCUACUUCGUACGACUGGUACAUUGAGGAUCCAGCUCUGGAGAGACAUAUUAAUCGAAUCAAGGUGUCUGAAUCUUCUGUACAAGAAACUGUUGAAAUUUUGAAGGCGCUUCAAGAGCAAUAUGAGACUCAUCACAACGUACGUUACACAGAUGAGUCUUUGGUCACAGCUGCCAAACUCUCAUACUAUUUCAGUGACCGGUACUUACCCGAUAAAGCAAUCGAUUUGAUGGACGACGCUGGUUCUCGUGCUAGAUUCCGUCUUACACACAAUCAUGCUCAGGUUCAAGAACAGGUUACAGCUCUAGAGACUGAGCUCGGCCAUGUGACCGCUGAUAAGCUUAAAGCUGUCGAAAAACAAGAUUACGAAAAGGCCUGCGAGUUACGUGAUAGAGAAAGAGAUCUUAAGGCUCAAAUCUCAGCACUUAACAACAAAGAGAUUAAUGAGGCGAAAACCGAGUCUCGUGGAGCUGUGACUGACGAGGAUGUCAGGGAUACUUUGAUGUUGGACUGGAAGAUUUCUGAAAUUCCAAGCAAUGCUGAAAUCAAUCAUUGGACUGGUUGA